UUGGAUUAAAUUACAUGCAUAGCGCACCGGUGAAAACUCUUACUAAAACUCCAUUACCGGAGAUGCAAAACCAUAGCAGUCCUGCACUGCGGCUGCAGCUUAAGCUAGCUAGGGUUCUUCCUAAGCUAUAGCUCACUGAACUCAAACCAUGGGGAACUACUCACCCUCAAAACCAGUUGCCUUCCUCCUCCUCCUCCUCCUCUUCGGUUGCCUGCAUUACGCUCAGGCGAACCCCGGCCAUCGUCGUCCCAAGAUCGACUCCGUCUUCAGCUUCGGCAACUCGUUCGCCGACACCGGCAACUUCGUCGAGCUGGCCGCGCCGCUGCUUCCCAUCAUGCCUUUCAACAACCUCCCCUACGGCGAGACCUUCUUCGGCCACCCCACCGGCCGUGCUACCAAUGGCCGCAUCAUCAUGGACUUCAUCGCUGACGAGUUUCAUGUGCCGUUCGUACCACCGUUUCUUGGCCAAGGUCGUCAGAACUUCACCCAUGGCGCUAACUUCGCCGUCGUCGGUGCCAGCGCUCUUGAUCUCGCCUUCUUCCUCAAGAACAACAUCACCAACGUGCCCCCGUUGAACAUCUCCCUGAGCGUGCAGCUGGAGUGGUUCCAGAAGCUCAAGCCAACCUUGUGCCAAACAGCCCAAGAAUGCAGAGAGUACUUCAAGAGAUCACUCUUCUUCAUGGGAGAGUUUGGUGGCAACGACUACGUCUUCAUCUUGGCCGCCGGAAAAACCCUCGAGGAACUUGUCCCCUACGUGCCAAAAGUCGUCCAAGCCAUCUCUGCGGGCAUCGAGGCGGUGAUAAAGGAAGGAGCGAGAUACGUGGUGGUGCCGGGGGAGCUGCCCAACGGCUGCGUGCCCAUCAUCCUGACGCUGUACGCGAGCAAGAGCAGAGGCGACUACGACGCGCGCGGCUGCCUGAAGAAGCAGAACGCGCUCGCGCGCUACCACAACUCGGCGCUGUUCGAGGCGGUGUCGCGGCUGAGGCACAGGUACCCUUGGGUGAAGAUCGUCUACGCCGACUACUACAAGCCGGUGAUCGACUUCAUCAAGAAACCGGCCAGAUUCGGAUUCAACGGCUCGUCGACGCUACGCGCGUGCUGCGGCGCCGGCGGCGGGCCGUACAACUACGACGCGACGGCGGCGUGCGGGCUCCCCGGCGCGGCAGCGUGCCCGGACCCGGCGGCGUUCAUCAGCUGGGACGGCAUCCACCUCACGGAGGCGGCCUACGCCCGCAUCUCCGCCGGCUGGCUGCACGGCCCGUACGCGCAUCCGCCCAUCCUCUCGGCCUUGCGCCAUUAGGGCCGUAGCGUAGCACCGUGGCCCAUUACUGUUCAUGUUUUAGGCUGAUUUGUUCUAUGUAAUCAUUUUUUGCCCUGUUUGUGCCUUAGGGCCGACUUAUUUUUGUGUAACCUGGGUUUAAGUGUAAUUUGAUAAUUUCGGCCCAUCUUUGUGAGCUGGUUGGGCCGUUUCUUCGUAAUAAAAUCUGAGCCCAUAUGCCCCA